CUUUUUUUAGACGGGGGGAAAAGAAGAAGAAAUGAGACGUUUACAAAUGAUUCUCUCGUCCACUUGUUCCUCUGCAUCGCGGCCCCCGUGUGGUUCAGGGCGUGUUUGCUGCCGCUGGCAGGUGGAGAAGCAGGUUGAGCGGGUUGUUCCCUGAAUGCCACUCUGUUGAGCCCUCCUCCUCCUCCUCCUCCUCCUCUUCGUCGUCUCUCCGGGGCCCGACUGCUGAUUCAUUCUCACAUGUUUGGCAGCUCUGAGGAGAGAUUUAGUUGCACCUGUUCUCAUCUGAUAUAGCCUAAGAAUAAGAGUGAAACCAACGGGAACAUGGGACUGUACUUAAAGAUCACAGUCGGCCUCCUUCUGCUCGUCCAAGCUCUUCACCUGGCAUCGCUCCAAAGUUCAACUGACUCUCCGGGGCGGACAAUCGAUAAAAGCUGGCUGCGUAAGAUGGUUGGGAGUCAAAACGUUGACGAUGCGGAGGACGACCAGAGGCCCGAUGGCGCGGCUUCCGGUAACAACGACAGCGACGGGGUAGCAUCCGGCUUCUUGUCGGCACACACCGAAGAGGAGAACAACGUGGCCGACCAAUACCAACUCCCAAAUGAAAUAUCUCAGGAACUGACCGCCGUCACCGGGUCUCCUACGUUCCCCUCGACGCCUCAAACCGACGAACCAAACGCCACCAUUUCUCCAAGUGUUCCAGCAACUACGGUCCCCGGAGACUCGAGCCGGAUCAACGGGGCCGAAGCCGGCGAAGGACUUGACGACUCGAAGGAGAACGUGGCCGCCCGAGAUCAGCUCACCAAUGAAACGUCUAACGACCUGACCGCUGUCACCGGGUCUCCUACGUUCCCCUCGACGCUUCAAACCGACCAACCAAACGCCACCAUUUCUCCAAAUACAGCCGUGACCACAGGGCCCGGAAACUCAAGCCGGAUCAACGGGACUGAUGCCGAGGAGGGCCUUCAAAACUCGACAGCGACGACCUCCCAAAUACCCACGACUCAUCUGAGCGAACAAAGCUCCACCAGCUCUCCAGAUAUCACCAAUAGCACCGUUUCACAGACGACAACCUCGGUUCCGGGCAGCAACGAGACACUGAGACCCGACGCAACAGAAUCUACCAACGCAACAGAAUCUACCAACGCAACAGAAUCUACCAACACAACAACUGUGUUACCUACAACGACGCAAGGGGCGACUGCAACCGCCGUUACUCCGAUCUCACCCGAGAGGUCCAACAGGACCGACGCAGAGGGGAGCAGCUCAGAGAGAGGUUUGUCAGCAGACGCCCACCGAACUAAAAAGAUGGGAGCGUGGGCAGCCGUACUGGGCAUCGGGGUGGCUAUGACCCUCAUUGGACUGGUGGCCUUCGUCAUCCUGAAGAAGAGACUCCAUCCGGGUUUCUCUCACCGUAAACUGGUUGAGGAGUACCCUUCAGACCCAGUUCUCAGAUUAGACAACGGCGGCCCUUUGGACUUGAACUUCGGCGGUUCGGCGUAUUACAACCCGUCGCUCCAUCGGAACAACAUCCAAAUGAACAUCGUUCCCGACCCCCGCUGAGACCGAAGUCACGAACUCCCCUCCAAAGAAAGUCGUGGCCUGUCGCGCUUCUUUUGGUCGGUCGAUACGCAACCGUGUGACGUGGACUUUUUGUAAAUAAGCCAAUGGAAGAGGCCAUUGUGGAUGCGCUGGUGGAGUGUUUUCAACCACAAAUGAUACUUCAGAUUAUGCAUUGCGUUAAAAGGAGAUUUAUUGCAUUGAGAUUUAUUGCUUUGAAAGGGAUCACUGAAGGCAAUUGCACAGCGACGGCCAAAAAUGAACCGUCAGCCAUUUAUGGAUGUUGCCAAAGGGGUAUCGAAUGAAGUCUUUCCUAAUGAAGAAUAUGCUUUGCAGCCGCUGAAGGAUGUUAAAAAUGUGUAUUUGUCAUUACUUUUGGUUUCAAGUGUAAUAUACAUGUAUUUUUCUGCGCGUGAAUAGGAACCGCAUAUGUAGAAGACGAGCAAAACAAAGACGUUAGCAUAUAAUCAGAUCAAACCACAAUGUGACC